GGAAUAGAUAGAGCAACCAGGCUCAAGGUAUUGCAGAGUGCAGACCCAGCUGUGCGUGGCUCCGAGCCAACAGAAGCGGUGACCAUGUCGGAGCAGAACGGGGUGCAGCAUUGCUCGCCGAGGAAACGACUCAAAAACGAUAUAAAAAACAAAGUGACAGUGGUGCUAGGGGCGCAGUGGGGCGAUGAAGGCAAAGGGAAGGUGGUGGACAUGCUUGCAGGCUCGUCGGAUGUGGUGUGCAGGUGCCAGGGAGGGAACAAUGCUGGACAUACUGUUGUUGUGGAUGAGGCUGAAUAUGACUUCCACAUCCUUCCUUCAGGAAUCAUUAACUCCUCAGCUGUAUCUGUAAUUGGAAAUGGUGUAAUUGUUCAUCUUGGGCAAAUGUUUGAAGAGAUUCAUAAGAAUGAAGCCAAGGGUCUGAAGGAUUGGUCAGAGAGACUUAUGAUUUCUGAUAGGUCUCAUAUUGUUUUUGACUUCCAUCAGAGUGUUGAUGGACUUCAGGAGCAAGAACGCUCUAAAGACAGUUCUGGCACAAAGACUUUGGGUACCACCAAGAAAGGCAUUGGACCUUGCUAUUCUAGUAAGGCUGGAAGACAUGGACUUCGCAUGGCUGAUCUUUUAGGAGACUUUAAUGUUUUUGAACAACGAUUCAGAAACCUUGUUGAUGCACACAAAAGAAUGUUUCCAGAACUGAAGGUUGAUAUUGAAGAAGAGGUUGCCAAGUAUAGAGUGUAUGCUGAUCGAGUACGACCUCUAGUGGCAAACACUGUGGCCUACAUUCAUAAAUGCCUUCAAGAUAACAAGAAAGUGCUUGUAGAGGGAGCCAACGCUGCCAUGCUGGACAUUGAUUUUGGUACUUACCCAUAUGUGACAUCAAGCAACUGCAGUAUUGGUGGUGUGUGUACUGGCCUUGGUAUUCCUCCCCGUUAUAUUGGAGAAGUAUAUGGUGUGGUAAAGGCUUACACAACCAGAGUGGGUGUGGGUGCAUUCCCUACUGAGCUAAAUGACGAUACUGGAAAGUUGCUUCAGUCUCUUGGAGCAGAGUUUGGAGUAACCACAGGAAGACCAAGGAGGUGUGGCUGGCUAGAUGUUGUACUGCUGCGUCACACCAACAUGGUUAAUGGAUACACUGCCAUUGCUCUUACCAAGCUGGACAUACUGGAUGAACUACCUGAAAUCAAGAUUGGUGUUGGGUAUUGGAAAAAGAAUGGGGAAAAGAUCGAACAUUUUCCUGCAAAUAUGGAUGAGUUGGCAGAUAUAAAUGUUGAGUACAUUACAAUGCCAGGCUGGCAGCAAGAUACCUCUCAGUGUCGCACUUAUCAAGACUUACCAGUAAAUGCGCGCAACUAUGUAGAGAAAAUUGAAGAACUCGUAGAUGUACCAGUUAAAUGGAUUGGUGUUGGCAAGUCGAGAGCCUCCAUGAUCACAGUGUUCUAGAAGGGCAGCAUUACCUUCUGUCAACACUGUGGCAUGCCUCAAUUCACGUAAGUUCUCUUGUAUAAAGGUUGUUUCAAAAUAGAGUGCUUUUAUUUCAAGUAUUCUUAAAGGAAUUGAUUGAGUGAUUAUGUUGUGAGAUAUAUUUAUAAGUUAUUUGAUGUCAAUCACACAGUAUGCUAUGGUAUAAAAUUUUUGCUGUUUGAAUAAGAAAUAUCUGGAUUAAUUUUUUCACAUCAGCGUGAAAAUUGCAUUUGAAAUAUGUUGUUAUAUUAUUUUUUUUUUUUUUUUUUUUUUUUAUAAUUAGGUAUUUAUUCGUAAGGUUGUGGUAGAGGAAGUAAAGGUGGUUAUAUAUUUCUAUAUAGAAAAUUUAGAUGAAAUUUAUUGCAAAAUAAUGUACAUUACUUGAAAGUACUUUUUUAUAAUUAAGAAUCUUGUUUGCAAUUACAGUAGUACACUGUCUAUUUAUAUGCCAGGAUUUCUAUAAGAAUGUUUGUCUGCCUGUCUUUCUGUCUGUCUAACAAACAGUAUGCUUAGGUGGAUGGUUGGACAUACCCUAGACAUGGUGCUUUGUUUUUUGUAUCACAUAUUUUGUACCCUCAAUAAUUUGAGAUAUUCCUUAUUUUCUUGAGAAUGAAAUAUUCAUGUUGAGAAACUCCUCACUCUUGUCUGAUUUUCUAUGUAGUUAUUGAGUUUAUGCACAGGGAUGCAUUAAAUCUUUAGGAUAAGGUUUCAUGGCUUUCUUUCACUUUCAUCUUGUAGCUUUCUUCAGUGGGAUUUUGUUUUGAAUAAAUAAGCAGAAUUUAAAAUUUACUUUUCUUUUGCACAUAACAGAUAAACAUGCAUUGUUAGUGUUCUAUUGUGUCUUAUUACUUUCUUUGCAUAAAAAUAGAUAUAAUUAUUAUGAUACAUCUUUUUAUAUAAAAGCAAUGUGAACAGAAUUCAAAUCCUAAUAUUUGAUGUGGUUUGCUUUUAGAUUUAUUAGUUAAGUGUAUUUAAAUAUUCCUUCUUUCCUGUGUUACGUAGAAAUCACUACAAUUAUGUUGCCAACAUUCUUCUUUUGUAUUAAAGAUUGCAUAUCAAAUAAAUAAAUUAUAUUACUUUAUUCCCCAUUGUUUUCAAAAUUGUUGUUAUUGUUGAUCGUAAUAGAGUAGCUAGUUUCCGUGAGUGGCCAUUUUUGUACACUUUAGUACUGAUUGACUGUCCCAAGUUAAGGAGGGAAGGCAAGAUCCCAAUAAAAGAUCUCCGAGAAA